CGUUUCGAGAUAAAGACGUCGAAAAUAUUACGCGGAUAAAGUGACCCGCCCCAACGCGACGGCCGCACCGCCUGCCGCUGACGAGAUGCCGGCGCCGGCGACGCCGCGCGGCCUCCUCUCUCCCCCCUCCAGGCCGCAGCCCAUCCUCCCCGUGGCCAGAGCCGUGGUUCCAAUGCAGACCCCGGUCCAGGCCCGAGCGCGGGCACAGCCUGUCGCGCUCGCCAGGUCCAAGCGCCUCGACGACACGCUCGCCGCUGGCUUCGUCCGCCUCCUUAACGCUACCCCCGGACAGGGCGAGGAUGCCUCCGGCGGAGGAGGAGGCGAGCGCUACGACCCCAAGCCGGGGGAUUUCGUGGUCGGGGUCGUGGUCUCCGGCACCGAGGCGCGUCUCGACGUCGCCGUCGGCGCCGACCGCCUCGCCACGCUCCUCGCCAAGGAGCUCCUCCCGCUCCACCGCGCCGGCGCUGAACCGGCGGCGGGAGCGGCUGCGCCUCGGCCGGGGAGCGUGGGCGUCGUGGCGAGCCCCGACGUGGACGAGGAGGAGGCGGUCCGGAAGCAGAAGCGCGGGAGCAGGGCGCUGGUGGCGCCCGGUACGGUGGUGUUCGCGGAGGUGCUUGGCCGGACGCUCAGCGGGAGGCCGCUGCUGUCGGCGCGGCGGCUCUUCCGGCGCCUCGCGUGGCACCGCGCCAGGCAGAUUAUGCAACAUGACGAGCCAAUUGAGGUUAAAAUUUACCAGUGGAACACCGGGGGUCUACUCACAAGAAUUGAGGGGCUGAGAGGAUUCCUUCCUAAAUUUGAGCUCAUGGAUAGGAUAAGUACGUUUGCAGACUUGAAAAACAAAGUUGGCCGCAGCAUAGGUGUGUGCAUUACAAGGCUCAAUGAAGAAACUAAUGACCUGAUAAUAAGUGAAAAGAAAGCAUGGGAAAUGACUUAUCUUAAAGAAGGAACUCUCCUACAAGGGACUGUUCGCAAGAUUUUUCCAUAUGGUGCACAAGUUAGGAUAGCUGGGACAAACAGAUGUGGAUUAUUGCACAUCUCCAACAUUAGUCGAGGCCGUGUUUUGUCAGCAUGUGACAUCCUGAAGAUAGAUGAUGAGGUGAAAGUUCUCGUGAUCAAGUCAAAUGUCCCGGACAAAAUUGCCCUCAGCAUAGGAUACCUCGAGAGUGCACCUGGUUUGUUUCUUUCUGACAAAGCGAAGGUGUUCUCAGAAGCUGAGGAGAUGGCAAAGAGAUACAGGGAGCAACUUCCAGUUAUUUCUCAGAACACUAAGUUAGAUGAUGGCCUUCCAGGAGGAACAAUUCCAUUUGAUGACGAAGCUACACUAUAUGCAAACUGGAAAUGGUUCAAAUUUCUGCAGCAUAGCAAACCUGGUGACGACAGCAAUGGAACAUAGAUGCAGCUUCUGUACAUCUCACCCACUGCAUAUUGUGACAAAAAUUUGCAUCCUGUUGAAAAAUGCGACAACAAAGGUUACAAAACAGGUGACAGCAUCUAUAUAUUAAGCAUAUGUAGCGGAACCAUCGCUAGACGACCUGAAGAAGCAGCAGUUCGUGGUGAUUGCAGUGGCAGCUCCCAUAACCCAGACCGAUGACAAGAAAAAGGAAAUCUCGGCAAACAGAAUUGUCUCGCUUUCCCAGUUUCUGUUGUGCUCUCUUGUGAUGCUGUUGUAAUCUGUGUUGUUCCCUCUCUUUCUGCUAGGGCUGCAUGCUCAUGUACCUGAUCACUGUAUCCUGGAAACGGGAGAUAGACGCUUGAUCUUAGUUAUUCAGGUCGGCAUACUUAUCCCACCGGUGACCUGUCAUGAAAAGAAUUGUCUUGCUGCUAAA